UCAGAGAUGAGGAAACAGAUUAGAACGCAUUUAAAAGUUUGCCGGAGACGAGCAUCUGGAGCCCCAGGCUGGACCAGGGACACCUCGCAGCGCCCUUUUCGCUUCGCUUCUCGCCGCGUCGGGGUGGGGGAAGCCGCGGGCUCGCUGGGCGUGGGCGGGUGCUGUGAGCGCAGACGGGCCGCCCGGCCGCCGCCGCUCUCUCCCCCUCCUCCGCGGCCGGACCCACAGCCGCGCGCCCGCGCUGCCGUCUUCCCCCGCGGUCCCGCCGGCCCUCCGGGAUGCCUCCGCCUGUCCUGGCGCUGGUGAGUGGCCAGGCGCUCCCAGCUUUCCUGCUCUGCGGCACGCUGCUGGUCAUCAAGAUGUACGUGGUAGCUAUCAUCACGGGCCAAGUGCGACUUCGGAAGAAGGCUUUUGCCAACCCUGAGGAUGCUCUGAGACACGGAGGCCUCCAGUACUGCCGGAGUGACCAGGACGUGGACCGUUGCCUCAGAGCCCACCGGAACGACAUGGAGACCAUCUACCCCUUCCUGUUCCUGGGUUUCGUCUACUCCGUCCUGGGGCCUGACCCCUUCGUUGCCCACAUGCACUUCCUCGUCUUCUUUCUGGGCCGCGUGGUGCACACCGUGGCCUACCUGGGGAAGCUGCGGGCGCCCACCCGCUCCCUGGCCUACACCGUGGCCCAGCUGCCCUGUGCCUCCAUGGCCCUGCAGAUCAUCUGGGAAGCAGCCCGCCACCUGUGACCUGCAGCCGAUGCCUCCUCGGCCACCAGAAAGCUGGCCCCGAGCCGCAGUGACUGUACCUGGGGGACUGGGCAUCUCUUCGAGAUUGUGCUAGGCCCCGGGGACCUGGCUUCUUGGCAACCCGCUGAACUUGGGGUGCUGGGUACCAUGGGCCUGGGUGUGUUUGCAUAAGUGUGUGCAUGUACGUGUGCACGUGUGCCUCUUGGAUUUCGGGAGGGGUAGGUGAUUGGACCAUGUGGAGAUGUCAAGACGGAUAGAAAACUCCAUCGUACCCUAAUACCAGAGCAUUAAAAACCACAUUUCUUCUUUGUUGCUAAGAGUGA